AUGGUUGCCAUUAAGAUCGUCUCCAUGACCAUGCUGGCUUUCACAACUGCCUUUGCCGCCGCCCAGCCCGUCGCCGAUGCCGAAAAGAUCCAAGUUUCGGAGCCAAGGAACGUGGAAGAUGGGGGUAUUGACCCCCGUGCAAUCACUACGUGCACCUCAUCGGAAAAGUCGAAGUGCACAAAAAAGGGCUUGACCUGCUACAAGGUCGAUGGUAGUGCCAAACGGUCCAAGGAUAUUUGGGGGAGAAAUCUGUCCCGGCGCGGCCCAGAAUUCACAGUUUGA